GAGAUUGAAAAAUGUAAAUUUUCUUCCCAUAUUACUGUCCACCAAUAGAGGGCAUACACAAAAAUGCCCAAAAUUUAAGUUUUUGGGCGCUUUGGUGAAUACAAAAAUUAUUCCCUGGUUACUAAUGAAAAAGAAAUUGCAACUGUAUGGAAAUUACUAAUUUUGGUCACAAAAGUGACAUUUAAAUGAUUUUUUAAAGUGUGUGCUGUGUACAGCAUUGGCAUACCAUAUUCCUACCUGUAGAUUCCCCACAGGUAGGAUGGUUGCAGUAAACAAGUGGAUAUAACAUAAUCUACAUGUAUGUCUUCUUGUCUGUAAUGUGUCAAGUAAUGGUCACUGUAUUUCCAAGUUUGCAAAUUAUAUUUGUUAUUUUUGGUUGACCUCUUUAUUUCAUUUACCAAAUAUUCCUUUCCUUAUACCAUUGUCUUUCAGGAAAGUUGACAUGUAGUGCAUUUUUUAAUGAUUUUCUUUAAAAGAAUUAGCCUUUCUUGUAUUGUGUGUUUUACAGUAUUUGAAAAUAAGCACAAUACUUAAAGCAACUUUUUACUUUUUGUCUUGUAUGAUGUAAGAUGUCAACCAAGUAUAAAAUAUUGACUAUUCAUAUUCAAACAUAUGUUGAUAUGAUGCUUGCAUUCAAAUUAUGGUUGAAAAUAUUUGUUCUAUAUUAUUUUUCAAUGAUUUGAUAUUUGUAUAGAAAAUUGAUAUAUUGUAAGUUGAGGUAAUUUUCAGACAUGAUAUGCAAUGGCAUGAUGUGUAUUUACCAAUUCUAUGUAGAAUUUCAACUAAUGGGAACAGAUUUCUUAACCAACAAAGGAUCUAGACACACCUGUAUAUUACUCUCAUGUUCCUAAACACUUAUGAUAAUUAUGGUAACAUUACCACUAUGGUAACUACAUGUACCAUGAUGGAAACAUUGAUUGGCUGCUGAGUCUUGUUACCAUAAUGGCAAAGUUACCACAAUCAUAAAGUUUUUUUAGGAAAUGCUCUUUUGAUGUACUCUUUAGUGUGAUGUUCUGCUAUCGACCAUAAUUUUCCUGAUUAUUAAUUAUUAUCAUUAUCUUUAUAAUUGAGGAUCAAAUCCUUUGCUAUAAUCAGUGAAUGAUUCUCAUCUUUAAUAAGAAGUGAAUUAUAAUAAUCCCCAUUCCCAAGCUAGUGAGCUAAUACCUCAUCCUCCCUCACAUUGCUCUAGCCAUAUGAUAAAUAAUAUCUCAACAAGUGAUUACAGUUAUUGUGUAUGAGAGUGCCAGUAUCUUCUGUCAUAACCUUUAUGUCUUAUUAAUCUGCCAAUAUCCUUUGCCUUUAAUAAUGAAUGAUAUAAAAUUUGUAGGUUUUCCCUGCUCAUGAUAUAUUCUUUAGUCUUUAAUAAGUUUAAUUCAUCCCUGACUGAUGUAAACAACCAAGGAUCAUUUACCCCUCACAAGAAAGACCUCAUCAUCCCCCACCUCUGUACCCACACACAUCAGCCCCCCGCCAUGUGUGCCCACUGUACCUUUCAAAACGUAAUCAACUUGAUGCACUUGCCAAUUCCUUCUCUGAUUAAGAGCUGAUUGAGAGCCGGGGGCCUUUGCACAAAUCUUAUAAAUUGAUCUUGCAGUCAAUUCAAUGAUUGUUAAAUGUGGUCAAUGCAAUCAAUAGUUAAAGAAUUGUUCUUUGAUCAAUUGUUAAGAUUUGUGGAACAGAGCUCAGUUCUCACAGUCUUCCUGUCUGCCCUACCUAUGGAAGCUUCAUCAGUCCGUCCUGAGACAUCGUUCCCUAUACCUUGUUGACCUGGUCAUGUAGCGUUUCAGGCCCACAUACUCUGUUGGAACCAUAUAGGCCUUGAAUAUGCACAGAGAUCAUUUAGGUGUCCCUAGACCUAAGGUCCCAUUCUCCUUGCUAAAGCAGUUAAUGCUCCCCAAAGAGAUUAUUGUAACCUCUCCUUUUAUUGUUUGUAUCAGACCAGAUCAAGUGGUCACUAAUAUUGUGUGCCAAUACUCAGUGAUUGGUUUUCACUAACUAAAGCAAACCAUCAGCAAAGCACACAUACAUGCCCCCCAAAAGAAAACCAUCUCCCCUCCACCUAUACCCAAUGCAGGCCAUACGUUGAAGGGCAGCAGUCGCUUAAUGAUGGGAGCCUCAAGCCACGCCCAGCUGGGCGGUGGUGUUUCACCUGCUGUCUCUAAAAAACACCUUACUCUUGGCUCUCGAUCGGUAGCGACCAGGAACGGCUCGGUCACUGAACAGGACCUGGCCAUCCCAAGGAAGCAAGAGGCGAGGAAGGCUGCCCUCUAUGUCUUUGGCGAGAAAUCUCAACUGAGGAAUUUCAAAUCAGACCAGAGCACCAAAUGUGACUUCAUCCCUUAUGACUACUAUGAGACGAGGCACAUCAAGGCUAGCUUUAAGAAACUGAUGAAGGCUUGUCUCCCUAGUAACCCCAUCACUGACCCUGAGAUGGGCUUUCAUAAGAUGGUUGGAGAAUCAGAAUGGUUGCUUCAGAUUCAGAGUAUCAUGCAACUAGCAGGAGCAACAGUAGAUCUCAUUGAUCUUCAAGGAUCGUCGGUGUGGCUAAGCUUUGAAGAUGGCUGGGAUUUCACUACUCAGGUGAGUUCCCUAGCCCAGCUUCUGAUGGACCCUUACUACCGGACAUUGGCUGGAUUCAAGGUCCUGAUUGACAAAGAAUGGCUAGCCUUUGGUCAUCGCUUCACUCACAGAACCAACCAGACUAUUGCCCAUCAGACCAGUGGCUUUGCUCCUGUCUUUCUACAGUUCCUGGACUGCGUGCACCAGGUUCACUCCCAAUUCCCUCUGUCAUUUGAAUUCAAUCAGUACUUUCUGAAGAUGAUAGCAUACCACUACGUAUCAAAUCGCUUUCAGACAUUCAUGUGGGACUCAGACUACGAAAGAUAUCAAGCAGCAACUCAGGUGUAUGAGGAUAGGAGACCAUCAAGGAUUGAUGAGAGUGGGGAUAGUGACAGCGAGACACCAAGCCCGCCUCUCAAAUCACUCUGGGCUUACAUUGACAAGUAUCAUCCUCGAUCACCAAUCUUCUACAACUUCCAGUUUGCUCCACACACAACAGUAAAUGAUGUCCUAAGACCCUAUACCAACACAUCUAGUCUGAAGAUCUGGGAUUACUUCCUUGAAGAGAAUCUUUACGGUGGACCAUCGUUUGACCGUGAGCUCUUUGAGUCAGCAACCAACGAGGAUAAUGAACAACCCUUAGAACAGACAGAUAGGAGGACUGUCAAUGCUAGUUAUGAUGAUGUAUCACAUGCUGAACCUGACAUACAUAGGUGGCUAUUAGAAGAGAUGAGACAAUUAGAGUCAGACCUUGGUAAGCAACAUAAGAACUGGAAGCAUCUUCUAGAACAUCUAGAAGCAAGGUUUGUGACGAGAAGGAAAAGAACAUCUCAAGCAACGGAGGAAGCACGUGUCCAGAGCAUGACAGCUCAUAAGAAAACAACCAUUGAUAUUCUAGUCAGGGGGAAGAAUAUUGCUGAACCAACACCAAAAGGGUUCAAUUUUCCGCAUCACUUUGAGCCAUGUAGCUACAUGACACCAACAAGCUGUGACUUCUGUAAUCAGAUGCUCUUUGGUGUCGUAAAGCAAGGGUGUACAGGCAUGAAAUGUUCAGACUGUGGUUACAACGUCCAUGAGAAGUGUGUACCUCAGGUCCCAAAGCAGUGUUCAAGGAGGGGUUCCACGAAAGAAAGCUCCGCCCCAACCAGGCAGGUUACUAAGGAAGACUCUAACCCUGCCCACACCCCAACGACAGACAAUGUACGCUCAUUCACAGAGGGCUAUGAACAGUUCAACAACCUAAUAGAUGAGACAAGGUCACAUGAAGGUCAUCUGUAUAAGAGAGGAGCAAGACUCAAAGGAUGGAAGCAAAGAUGGUUUGUCUUAGAUUCACAAAAACAUCAGUUGAGGUACUACGAAGCACGGCAUGAUCCUCAUUGUAAAGGUUUCAUUGAUUUGAAAGAAGUCGAAUCAGUACAACCAGCCUUCUCAAACCCAUCGGCACCUAAGAAAGUAGAGGACAAUUCAUUUUUUGAUCUGAAAACGACAAAGAGAGUGUACAACUUUAUAGCAGACACCAAAGCAGCAGCUGAAGAAUGGAUUAGUAAAAUACAAGACUGUUUAUCAUGAUACUGGACUUAGCAAUACAUUCACAUGUAUGUAUAGCACCAAUGGAUAUUAAAUUCAGAUGUGUUUAUUCACCAGUCUCUUUAUGAACUUUGGGAAAAGAGACUGGACUGUGUUUGUCAUGAUAACAAGACUUUUUAUAUUGGUGUUAUUGUAAGGUGGUGCAGUGAGAUGGGAUAAUACAUGUAUACCAGUCUGUAAGCUCUUGGAGAAAAGAUGAACUCUUGCAAUCAUUAUUAACAUCAGAGUGAGUGCAUUUUACUGUGCAUUUAAACUCUUGCAAUCAUUAUUUACAUCAGAGUGAGUGCAUUUUACUUUGCAUUUAAAAUGCAUGGGAUCAAGUACCAAGCUGUAAACCAUGGGAAAAAGGAUGGACUCUUGAAAUCAAUUUUAACAUCAAAGUAAAUUUAGUAUGUAUUUGUGACACAGGGGAUCAUCUUCAAUCUGCAAACCAUUGGAUGGACUAAUGCAAUCAUGAUGAACAUCAAAGUGAUUGCAUUUUCAGUGCAUUCGAACUGGAUUGUAACAGGAUUAUCUACUAGUCUUGAAAUCAGCAGAAAGAAUGCACUCUUUCGACUGCAUUCUCAUUGCAUCAAGUAUGGAUGUGUUUCCAGUCUCUUUGAACCAUGCAAUAAGACUGGACUCUUGUUCUUCUAUGAUUAUAUCCUGAUGAAGUCUUAACACUGAAAGAAGAGAAUCUGCAACAGUCUGUGAAAUACGCUGAAAGAGUGACAUUUGAUUACUGAAUGCAAUACUAGAGGAAAUGGAGUAUAAGUCAUUUAUAAGGAUAACAUCAAUCUGUGAAGAAUGCUAGAUACUGUUUAAGAUCCAAGAGGCUUUUAAGAUAGUGGUUAACACAGAUAUCAUAUCUGUGGGUGGAUUAUAACUUUUAUAUUAAUAUAUAGAUAAUACCAUUUUUGUUUGCAAUUAGUAUACAUGAAUCCAAUUUCAGAGCACUUUUGGGGUCAUAUAGGGGGUGGGGGGCUCUUAUAGUUGACCAAAAGAACUUUCAAUGUAUUACUAAAUGAGUGUGAUGCCAGUGCAUAAACUAUUUUUUGUUAAGCAAUCUGAAGCCUACCCCCAGCCCUACCCCCGGCCCCACCCCUCUCCCAGUUAACCUGAAUAUCAGCACCCAAAAAUAAUUUCAUCAGCAAAAAGAUUGAUCAGGUCAGAAACUUUCACAAAUUCCAAACAUACUGUUGGCUCCUCGAGUCUACACAUUUCACUGAGUUUACACAUUUUACUGGCUGUAUGUAUAUGGGUGACUUUCCCAAAGUGAUUUAUUUAUUCAUAUGGAAGGUUGCAAGGCUUUCAGAUUAUAAUAGCUUAAUCAGUUCAUGAAGUAAAGUAAGAAAGGGGAUAGAUAUGCAAAUUUGUUAAAAUUUGAAGUGGAAGUGCUCUGUAACAUUUAUUUGAAGCCUUAUUUAGGCAAAGGAUAUUUUGAUUUCAGGACCACCAUGCAGAAUCAAAUCAAACUAUAUAAAAUGUGAAUAACAAAGUCUCAAGAAUCCAAAUUCUAAAAAUAAAAACUGUACAAGCUUGAGAGGAUGUUCGACCCCUACCUAAGGCUUUCAGCUCAUUAAAAUGUGAGUAAAUCUUUGCUUUGCAGAAAAAAACUACUAUUUCUAGAAGAGAAUUAAAGUCUUUUCUUUUGUCACUUAAAUCACUUCUAAUGUGGAUACUUGCUUGUUUCAUCCCAAGUUAAGAUAAACCAAUCAUUCCCCAUUUCUACAAGUCAUUAUGAAGAUACCUGAGAUGUAUUAUAGCUAUGCUAAGAAACAAGGGUCAUAAUGCAGAAAGAUCAGCAUUGUACCUAUCAGAAAGAAAGAAGUCAAUUUAAUGCAACUGCUGAGGAAAUAGUAACAUAUUAGCACAUAAGAUUCAUAUUAGCACACAAGAUUUAUUUUAGCAAAGUAGGUUGCAUUUCUGUGUGGAUUUGGUCUUAAUGUAGCUGUUCAUACAUGGGGACCUUGUAUGAAAAGGGUAUAAUACAUUCUUUUUUUCCAAGCUUGAACACGGCUUAUCGACCUUGAUUUUCCUUAUCUAAUUUUUUCAGGUAUAAACUAAUAUUUUUACUUUCGAAGUACAGUCAGUCAUGCUAUAUGUUAUAAUUGCAGUUGAAGUUGAUAUCCCUGAUUGGUAAUUUUAUAUAUAGCUUUUAGCCUUAUUAUAAUUUUUUUAUUUUAUCAAAACCAUUUUGCAAGAAGCUGAAGGAAAAUGUAUGCAAGGUCUUGUUUUUUACUCUAAGAAGUAAAGACAUAUAAAGGAACGUUUUUAUGAAUGGACUGAUCCAAUGUUUUAUCCAGGCCUUCUCAGCCAAUCAAAAUGAAGGAAAUCUGUCAGAUCUGACAAGUUGUCGGACGACAAACAUUGAUGAAACGAUCCCCUUAUUUGAUUAGGCUGAUUUUUAAGAGAAAUCCAUUGAUCCAUUUUGCUAAAGAUCCUGUUGCGUACAUAUUAAUAGAGAGUUUUCACAUUUACUAUGGGUGGCUCCCUACAACGCACCAAUUCCUUAAAAAAUGCAAUUAGACUCACAAUAGAGAGCUGAGAGGCUUUUUUCCAAACUUGGUGGACCGGGGAAGCAUCAGAAUCUCAUGACUCUGGACAACGACAUAUUUGCAAUUGUUCGUCCAGUGCAAAUUUUCGGAUGAUCUGCUGUCCCGGUCUGCCAACUUUCGACAAAAGCCUCUCGGCUCUCCAUUGUGUUUGGACUUGCAUUUUCAAAGUAAUUGGUGCGUUGUAGAGAGCGGCCACGGAGCAAAUGCUAAAACACUUUUAUUUCAUUAAUACAAAUAUGCACUAUACACUAUUAACUCAAGAAAGUGAGUUUUAAUUGAAGAGGUCUGCAAAGAUGAAUAAUGAAUAGAUUACUUUAAUCCUCAUGAAUAAUGAAAUCUUAAGGGGUUUGUAUGGAUGAUCUCAUUAAUCUGAAUUUCAGUUUACUGUAUAGCCAUGGUCUAAACCUGUGGUUUUCCUUUGGAUAGCGGUAUGCGAGACAAUUCUCUUCCAUUUGACAUUCAAUUUAUCGGUACAUCUUAAACUUGUUGGCCCGUAUUCUUAAGUUGGGUUUAACUUAAACUCAGGUUUAAAGCUGUGGUUGAAGUAUGAUUAGCCAAUUGUGACAUAAAUCAUUAACAGUAGAGAUAUCUUAUUUCAGCUCAUUUGGCUCUCAAAUCAUUCAUAAUUGUCUAGGAAGUAUAAAAAGAUGAUUGUCUUCACCAUCGAUGAAUCAGGAAAGAGCACAGUAAACAUAAAACACAAACACCUUUAUAUAAAUUUUGACACUUGGCUUCCCAUAAUUUUAGCACAGAGUUAGACCAUGGUCUAAGUUAGACCCGACUUCAGAAUACGGGCCAAACUGUUUACUGUAAUAACUAUAAUUUUGUUCAUCAUCACAGCAUGAAAAAGAAUGCAGUAAAAGCAAAGAAUAAACUCAGUGACUGUUUGGCUUCCCACUGUUUUUUAGCACGGACUUGAAGAAAUGGGUCCAGCUAAACGAGAGUCCAAUAAUGCAUCAAUGUACUCAUAAACAGUUAGAUAGCAUCUUUAUGAAGGCUUAUUUCAUUGCACUUCUAACCUAGCAGGGAUAAAAUGGGAUGGUCUCACCCUUGAAAGCCUUUUGUGGAAAUGAUCCUAGUCUAAAAAUAUGUUAAUAGAAAUGAAAAGAGUUAUAUAUCAAUGAUAAAGUAGUGAUAUUGAUGUAUAUAGGCAUACAACAUUUUCUGCCUUUUGUUAUCUCUUAAAUUAUAGUACUAAUUUCUGUAGGCUAGAGAUUUUUUUGUGGUAGUAUAUAUCUAUAUAUAAUAACCUGUAAUAUAUUGAAAUUAAGUUGCUUGUACAUACAUUGUGUAUAUAUUCAAACUGUGAUAUAUAUAAUGUAUCUGAACUAUUUAAAUAAUGACAAGUAAUAAUGGUAUCUGUUUUUUCCUCUCCUGGUUUAAUAAUCUUUGCCAGGAUGAUUUGAAUUUUAAUCUUUGUCUACUACUUUUGACUAUGAAGUGUGCAAUGGUAGUUUGGAACAUGUAUCUAAGAAUAUAAUAUAUUGUUGUGUAUAUGAAUAAGUGUUAUGGCAAGGUGAAUAUUAACUAAUUGUCUGAAGUUUUCUUAUUUUAUUUCAAAAGAAUGGGAAUGGUAUUUGAUGAUGUUCAAUGCAAUAACUUGGUCAGAGAGCAAUGUAGCAGUGUUUUUCUUUUGAAAAAAUGAUAUUUUAUUUUGAUAUUUCUAAUCUGCUUAAUUUGUAACUUAUCUUGUUAAAGUAUUUGGGGUAAAAAUGGUUACAAUCAAGUCAAAGGGUUAUAUAGGAGCGCCUCGAGCACCUAGCAAGGUGGAUACAUGCGCUUUACAAAUCCUAUAUUAUUAUUAUUAUCAUUAUAUCAUACCAAGAAGAAAUUAACAUGGCAGUUAGAUGUCAAUUCUUGUAUUGUCCUGCAUGCAAUCUCAAUUUGUUUUGUAAAUCUUGAAAAUAUAUUUAAUGAUGGGAAAAACUGAGGACCCUGCAGAUAUGGGGCUUUAUAAUCCCCCUAACAAAGAAAAAUCCCCCUUAUGACAAUAUAAAUUGAUAUGCAAGUCCUAUAGUUCUGCCCCCACUCCCCCCUCAUAUUCCUCUAGCCAUUUGUUUUAUGCUCUAUUCCUGUCUCAGUCCUAUACUAUUGACUUUUCACACUCCACUGUACUAUCAAAUUAGUCAAAUAUUUUGAGUAAAAAUAGAAGACCAAAAGUUAUUUUUUGAAGUUCUUGGGGCAGUCUCCUCCACCAGAGAAACACACCAGUGCAUACUCCCUCUUUAUAGAUAUUUCCCCUUCUCACAGUACCCCUCUUUCUCAACCACCAGUUCGUCAGCCUUGCAUUUUAUCUAUUGAAGUAAUAUACACACUUAUAAACCAUUCAGUGUGGAAAAAUGAUACUUGUAAUUACCCAGUGUAGUACUCACAUUUAAAAACCUUUAUAUUGUACAUGUAGACCAGAUUCAAUUAUAUCUUAGACACAUUAUCUACUCCCUGGGGAGUAUUUAAGUCAGGUGCCAAUCAAACUACCAUAUCGACUGAAUUGUCCAUAUUUCCACUUUUAACUAUGGAAGUACAGUUACUUUUUUUUUUUUUUUGGGGGGGGGGUUAGGAAUCUACAUUUUAAUGUUGUUUAUCAUGCCCCUUGUCUAUUUCUCUCCCUCUCUUUUUAGUUAUUUUUUGUUCCCUGUUCUCUUUCUUUGUCCCUCUCUUUUCCUCUCCUUCUUCCGACUUAUUAUGUAUCUAAAUAUCCCACUCUUUUAUUUCCUUUUCCAUGUUCUCUUUCCUUUCUGCUUUUCUCUUUCCUAUCCCCUUCCCAUCUCUUUCGGUGUCUCCUUCCCCUUUCCCUUAUUUCCUACAUUAUAGACCAUUCUCUCAAUUGUUGGAUAAUCAAAGUAAAUGUGAAAUUUUAUCACAUGCAUUUAGACAUUCUGGACAUGCUCCUAAAGAAAUAUUGCAGUUAACCAUCACAAAAGUGCAUAUUCUGCAUGUUAAUCAUCUUAACAAAAAUGCCACAAUAUCAUUGCUAUUUCUAAUACCCAAUGUAUCUUAUUUAUUGAUGAAAACGUGAGUAAAUUUUGAAGAGAACAGUAAUUUUAAAAGAUGCAGACAUCUGCGUGUAAUGCUCCUUUUUUUAAAUUUGCGAAUCUUGGUUCCAUGAAUUGUUUUUAUCAGAUGAGAUUCGGUCAUUCGAUUUGUAUUUUAUUCAUCGUCAUGUUUCAAACAAAGAUAAAAACUUAUUUGUAAGAAACAAAAUAU